AAGAGUUUUUCUGCACAAAGGGGCUUUAUUACAGACAGAAAUACUCCUGAACAUCCCACCCAAAAUGUUUUUUUUUCACUAAUUGGUAAUUUGACCAAUCAGAUCAGCUCUGAAAAAGAGCUUUGACGUGAAAAGAUCUGACGUGAUCUGUCUGCUAUGCCUACUCUUGUUGCUGGGCUGAAAAGAGAAGCAUUUCUCAAUGCUUUGACUCCAUCUACUGUUCAAAGGCUGCGUCUACACAGACAGCCCAAUUAUGAUCUUUGUUUCUCCACUAAUUGGUAUUUCGAUCAAUCACAUCAUCUCUGUGUGGAAUUGUAAAGCACCAGUAUCACACACACGUUGUGAAUAUAUUACUAUGUAGCCUAGCCUAGGAUUACUUCAAAUAAAUGCUUUUAGGAUAUCAGAGAGAGAGAGUGCAAAUCAAGUUCUAACUUAAACUAUAAAAAAUGUCUUCAAUAAAUAUUUGAGACAUCAGUCGUAUUGUGGUCCCCUGUUGGUUAUGUAGUUGGAAUGUUUACCUUGCACAUUCUCUCUGUCCCAGCAGCCAAAGAACGGAACGCGCGCAUCAUGGAGAACGUGCGUACUGUCGCUCAGGCUACAAGCUAUUAGCAACGGAGGCGUUCGUGGGUUUCAAAACAUUCAAGAAAUAAACUGUGUAGUUGGUGCAAAAAUAAGUAAAAUAAACAGACUACGUGUCGUCAGCAGGAUUAAGGGAUGGAGUUCCCUGUGGACGUGUUGGGUUCAGUGAGGCAAGAGGAGGAGGAGCAGGCAGCAGAGGGCUACAUGACCCGGCUACGAUACGUCAGCCCCAACAAGACCGAGAGCUUUACCCUGCCCAGCCACAGAAAGAUCUGUAUCGGUUUGUGUAACGUUGGUUUUGUUCCCAUCUAUGGAGGAGACCUGAAGCACAAGAUUCUGGCCCUGUUCGCCCCAGAUGAUCAGCUCACAGCGGUAGCUCUGUUCCUGGCAGGACAGUGGUGGUCAGUAGAGGACGUCCUCAGAACCUCAAACCCUUCCAGAACUGGCCUGGUCAAGGUGAGGAGUCUUGGUGAGCGGAUCGUCCUGUACAUUCUGAACCGUAUCGUGUACCGCGUGGGUGAGAUGGACAAACCUGAGGUGCCCUUCCUGUGCCACGGCCAGCACGACUUCGCCAAGCUCCUCUGGAAGGAUGGAAACGCCGUCGGGUUCUACUCAGUCAAACCCAAAGACAGCUUAUGUAAUAAUUUUGUGACCCAGCGCUACCAGCUUCCUGUCAUGAACUCCAUCUUUGUCAGGAAGUGUCACCGUGGAAAAGGUCAUGGCCUGCAGAUGCUGGAGGACUUUGUGGACUCUUUCAAAGACAACCAGCUCGGCCUGAAGUACCCUCUCUCUCUAACCAUGUAUAAAGUGUGUGGCCAGUACCUGUGUCGGUACCCAGCUGACCAGGAUCUGCUGUGGGUGGUAGAGGGAGUGGGAGGACUCUACCAGAGAGAGAAUGUGGCCAGCAAGAUCAAAGCCCUAGCACUGAAAGUGGUGCUCCACGCGGUGGCGUCUAACGGAGACCAACGAGCUGCCUCUCUGGACCACACAGACAUCAACAUGGAGGAGGAGGAGGAGGACAACUUUCUGGACAUCACCGAGGAUCUUUUGGUGGCAAAUAAGCCUCUCAAGUUAAUAGAAGCCCUGGAUGGCACACCAGUGUCAACGCGUAUCAGGAGUAGCGGACAUAAAAAGCAUGGCAGAGAAGAGACGGAAGACUCCACAGAGGAGAGCCAGCCUCUGAAGAUGAACAGAUUGGAGGAUGCAAAGGCAGAGCCCACCACUACGGCUGUAGAUGAGGAUGAAGGAAGAGCAGGAGAGGCAGAGGCUGCUGUGGCCUCUGUAGAGGAGGAGGACACCAAAGCUCAGGAGGUGGAGGAGAUGAACGGAGAACUGACUGAUGACCAGAGAGAGGAGGUGGAGGAGGAGGAAAAGGAGGAGGGGGGAGAGGCUGUGCAAGAGAACAGAACGACAGAGGAAGACGUGGAAAUGAAGGACGACGAGGAGGAGGAGGAGGCGGCGGCGAAGGAGGAAGAGUCCAUCGAGGCUGAAGACAUAGUAGAAGCUGAAGCUGUGGUGGAGGAGGAACUGGAGGAGGUUCCUCUCCCGUUAGUAGAAGAACCAGCCUCUGUUUCAGAGGAGGCCCCCUCGCCUGCAGAGCCAUCCUCAGCAGAGCCCUCCAUCUCUGGGGAUGUGAGUGAGAAGGCAGGGGGGGAACCUCCAGCACCUUCAGAGGAGGCCGCAGCUACACCCAUGGAAGAAGGAGAGGAGGACACCGUAGUAGCAGCUCCUGUGGCGUCAGAGGGGUUGGCUGAAGCUGUGGUGGAGGAGGAACUGGAGGAGGAGGUUUCUCUACCAUUAGUAGAAGAACCAGCCUAUGCUCCAGAGGAGGCCCCCUCGCCUGCAGAGCCAGCCCAAGCAGAUCCCUCCAUCUCUGGGGAGGUGAGUGAGGAGGCAGGGAGGGAACCUGCUGCGCCUCUAGAGGAGGCCGCAGCUACACCCAUGGAAGAAGGAGAGGAGGUAAAGGGAGAAAAUGAGGAGGCUACGGAGAAAGCAGUGGAGGAACCAGAGGUAGAGGAGAAAUCCAUGGAGGAGGCCAUUGCGGUGGACAGCAGUAGCCAGGAAACUGUGGUCCAGGUGGGGGUAGCAGACCUGUCCUACCAGCCUCCGGAGGAAGGAGAGGAGGAGGAGGAGGCGGCGAAGGAAGAGGUCCUGGUCGAGGAGGACCAAAAUAAAGGGAUAGAGGAGAUGGAGAAUGCUACCAGUACAGCGGAUGAUAAAGAGGAGUUGGAGGAGGGAAGUGAGAGCUCAGACGAGGGUGGCAAGGUUCAGGCCCUUUGGAGGAGAGGUAGUGGCAGUGGCCUGGCGGAGCCUAAACGUAAAUCUACGAGACUCAGCAGAGUGGUCAUCGAGCCCGAGGAGCAGGACAGGGAGCAGCCGGAGGUCACAGAGGAAGAGGAGGAGAAAGCUACAACUACAGAGGAGGAAGAGGAGGCUGUAGAGAAGGGUUCGGCUGAGGAGGAAGAGGAGCAGCCACCAGUGAUUGACCAGCGGGCAUUGAGAAGGAAGAGCAGACCGGUCCAGACUCCAAAUAAAGCCAGAGGGAAACGACACAGCAAGAUCUAAACAUACACCAGAAGGAGCACAACACACACACACACACACACAAGGUGAUGUUUUCUAUCUGGCUUUAGGGUUUGUAAGGGGUAUAAAGUUUACUUGUAUUAUCUCAGUAUGAUGUUGUUUAGAUGGGUUUACUUUAGGUAGUUCAUCUUUUACAGAAAACGAUGAAAAAAGUUUUUGUACAGGAAAAUUCAAUACUCGCUGUUGUAAUAAGUCAAUGGGAAGUCUUUUAAUGUUCAUAUGUAAUUGUAUUCUUGUUUUUACUGCCUUGUUCUUUAGGAACUGACUGAUAUUGAGUUUAACAGGCUUGUUGUCGCGGUUGGAAUGUGAUUGUCAUUCAAAGAUUCACUAUCAAGCCCAGUUCCAUGUUCUCCUAUAGCCUGGUCCCAUAAGAGGUGCCGCUGUUAUAUUUAUACUAGUUACAGUAUUUAAAUAGGUUGUGUCGAAACACCUCUUUAGUUCAUAGUUCUUGCAGGAGUUAUUUUAUUAAAAAGUAAUUGAUGAAGUUAUGUUCCAAUGAAAGCCAGCAAGACCCAUUAGCUUUCGAAGACAAUAUGUAACUUGUAUUAAGGAAGGAAACUUUCCAAAAAUGCCUGCAGUUUUCUCCGUAGUGCACACCACCUAGCUAUCUUAUCUCUUGGAGUGAUUAUAUUUUCGGAUGCGCUGAAAUACUUUUUAUUUAGAAAAGCUGUGAAUGAACGUCAAUCAUGAUAUUUAGGCACAUACUCACACAGACACGCACGCACAUGCAUACAAAAACAUGCACACAUUUGCAUAUUGAUAUAUACAUAAAUAUAUUUAGUGAAUAUACCCAUAAACUGUAUUUUGAAUAGGAAGAAUAGAUUUGGACAUUAUUGAUAUUAAUUUAGUAAUAAAAUAACGUUUCUAUCAUAGUUGUAUUUCCCAUGUAUAAUUUAAGAUGGUAAUUUAGACUUUAUAUUAUAAUUAAUAGCAUGUUUAAUUGGAUAAAAUAUGUAUAUUACAAUAACUGUUACAAUGAAACAUGUAUAUUACAAUAACUAGAUUAUACCAGAAUGUUGAAGUAAAUGAGUUUAUAUACCAUUGAUAUUUUUGAUAUAAACAGUUGUAAAAUGGCACAACUUUCACUAUUGGGAGAAAAAUAUUUGCUACCCAAGAAGAAUAUUUGCUACCCAAGUUAAGUUAUUUCCACGUGAAUUUUAUGCUGUCAUUGAGUGUCGAUUCACUAGUAGAGGGUACAUUGAGCCAAAGAUGUGAAGCAGAAUGCAUCAAAUGGGCUAUUGAUGUACCAUGGUUAUAGGUCAAUAUAUAGACCCUACACUAGGGUCAUAUUCACAAGGCACCAAAUGGAAGAAAACUGAUUUAAACAGGGAGGGUCUACCUGAAAAACACUCCUUUUCAUUUUCCGUUGCAAAAUGUUUUGCUACGGUGUGAAUUAAUGAAUAUGACCCGUGUUAAGGUAUUGGAUGGCAUUCCCCAGUGUUUAUGAGAUGGUUCUAGCCAGUUGCAUUGACUGUAAAGGUGCUUUCCUCUGUAUGGAAGGAAACCCGUUAUAGCCUUGGCAGAUCGUGUCAAUGCAACUGUUUGAUGUAAACCAUAUAAAUAUAAUUAGUAAUUGACUUGAAUUGGGUUACCCCCAUUCUAGUAAUUCUGUUUCUAUAAUGUAAACCUCGAUGUCAGAAUGACACUCUUUCACAGAUGGUGUUUUGGUGGACAUGAGUUGGGGUUUCUCCCUACUACAAAAAAAUCAGUAACGCUGCCUCUAUUCAUCCGUUGUUAAUCAGUUGCCUUCAUAACAUCUAUGUGAAAGGCAGAAAUAUCUAUUUUUGUAUGACUGAUGUUUGUUCGCUAUAGCUGGGUCCAGGUCAUGUAAAAGACAAGCUACAGCGGACAAUACCUGAUGGAGCAGCUUCCUCUCCUCGUCUCUCCUUAAUCUGCACUGAUCUGAAAACUAGGGAUAAGUGAAAGCAAUAUGGCAGAAACCUACCAGGGGAUUUUGCUUUCACCUGUCCACUUCCAGAUCAGUGCAGGGAAAGGAAAGGAGAUGAGGAUGCCACUCUAUACUAUUGAGAUGCUCUCCAUGUGUUUGUUGUGGAACUAUCUGUUCUUUCAACCACUGCUAUUCUUGUGGAUGGAUUCCAUUAGUUCUGUUGCUACUGUAUUUUGGUUCCCCCAACUCUUAUUAUGAUGUCUUGAAACUCAAAUGUACAGAAUGUUACACAGCCAUGUUAGUUCUGGUAGUUUUCUGUUUUAAUGGAUUCUGAAUAUGAUGUAACAGUAGAGGGAGCCAGAGUAGGUGUCAUUGAGCUACAGCAUUAAGAAUAGGACAGCCUGUCUUGGCCGUGUUGUACCGUUUCAGAUUUGGGUUGAUAAUGGAAGUCACCAGUUGGUGGCGCUCACAUUCUGCCUAAUUUGGCUGCUGUGGUUCCCACUGUGUUCUGUGUCUAUGGUGGUUUUAUACAUGCUCCGUAGAUAUGACUGACUGGGUUUGUGCUGGGGCCAUCCAAAACUAAGGCUGGCUUACCCCAGGGCCGUGUUCAGUGGGUUGCAAUGUUACUGAAGGCUCAGAUAAAAAAUAGUUUGUUAGCCGGGUACAAGACACUCCUGUUUGCAACGUUCAGAACAUUGCACCGUACCUCUACUCUAAAUCAGCUAUCUUAUUGACCUCAUUCACAACCAAUAGCCAGAAUAUGGUAGGUUUUAGUCUGUCCUGAAUGGCAAAUUAUGCCCUAUAUAGUGCACGCUUUUUGACCAAAAAUAGUGCACUAUAAAGGGAACAGGGUGCCAUUUAGGAUACACUGUUCUGUUGAUUUGUUUGCACAGUAAUGUGUACUGUUUGUGGUUGGAGAGAUUAACAGUUUCAGCGUUGACACCUAUGUUAGUCACAUGUACUAUCAGGGUCUCAAUUCAAGAGAUGAAUCGAAAUGAAAUUAAUGAUUAUUUUCCUAUGAUUUCAAAACAAAGAAAAAUGUGUGCCUUUUUUGAAUGAUCCAUGCCUGUGUAAGGGACAUUUUUCCCCAAUGAGUUUUACAACUAUUUCAAAUAACCUCCUGAAUUCACUGAGUUAUAAUAGAUUACAACUCAUUCCUGCAUCUUGUCACUUCCACAUAAUCUGCCUCUUGUGAUGUUACUGGAUCUAUCCUGUUUGUUUCUCAGCUAUUUUAUUACAGGCUACUGUUUAUCUUAUUAAUAUCUUACAGAAUGUAUUUCAACCUAUGAUUUCCUUGUAGUUAAUAAAAAUGUUUUUCUGAAAUUACA